AUGACAACUAAAAAUAUAAAUUAGCUGAAACUGAAUGCUCUCACCUAACCAACCUACUAGAAUUUAAGGAUCUCGAGAAAUGCGGUUAAGCAAUAAUUAACAUACAACGGUUAAAGUCCAAAAUUAAAAGGAAAAAGUCCAAACUGUUCUUAAUCAUAUAUUCCAAGCCAAUUAUCUCAAAUAGGGUCACCUCCCAAAGAGAAGUUGUCUUCUCUGAUCAACAUUUCAUCGUCAGAAAGAAUUGCUUACUCAUUUAAGAUACCAACCCUCAGAAUUAAAUCAAAGUGUUUUCUAAAGAAACAUUCAACAACCCGUUUGGGAAUGAGUUCAUAUGAAAUCAAUCUGUAAACAAAUCUCCAAUCCAUUUUUGUUUUCAAAGGAUCAAUUCAAGAUAUGAGUUAAUUCAAGGUGAUCCAAAUGCAAAGAUCGGAAUUGCAAGCUAAAUAAUAAGAUAUUUAUCUAACAAGAUAAAAUCUAUUAUUAAAGAUGUAGAUGGGAUUGAAUGUUCCUAAGUUCUACAACCAAUUGUCUUUGGGCAACUAUGAAAUCAUUUAGUUCACAGAAGAGAUUCCAUAAAAUUGCAAUACCUUAAUUUUAAGCAAUACUGUAAAUAAGGACUUCUGGACUGUAAUCUUAAAUUAUCACAACUUGUAAUUCACCCAGGAUAAAUUUGUUAAACUCUUGACAAUCGUUAGCAAUAUUAAUGACAUCAAUGAUCUUUAAAAGUUUAUCUUGGAUAAGGACAUUUUUUAUACCUAUAUGGAAAUCAAAGAGAUUGUCCCCGAUGAAACGCUGUUAACAAUGAAGCGAAAUAGCGAGGCCAUGAAGGAGUACUACAAGAGCAUUCAUGUUUAUGACCAUCAAAAACAAAAAUUGAUUGAAGAACCAGCACAUUAAUUAUAUUCAGAAAGAAACAUUGUUUAACCAGAAAUAGAAAAAGAAACCGUCAGAGAUUUUACAAUUGCUACUACCUAUCCAAAACCUUCUGAAUUCUAAUAAAUUUUGGAAAAAGAGGGGUAUUACAAUCCCAGUCAAAAGAGAACCUCUAGUAGAUAUCUUAAAUUGCCAAAUUUUAAAACUUAAUAUAGUGAGAUAUUAAAAUAAUAAUCCAUCAAAUAAAAGAAUCAAAAUUAGUACACAAAUAUCCCUGAUCAUAUUGCUAGAAAGCUUCCUCAUAUGACCAAUUAUAAUAUCCCUUAAUUAAUGUAAGAAACAGGAUUUGAUAGAUAAGAAAUUUAUGAGGUUUACAGCAGAUAUAAAGCAUUGCUGAGUUAUGAAUGCUCUUAAAUCCCAGGAUUAACCAAAUAGAUGAUACCAAAUGGAAUUUCAAGGGAAGCCUUCAAUGCUGGUUUAGAAGAACUAUCAAUGGCACCUCCUGGAGUCGUUGAUCAGAUUUUCAAGUUUUUUGCAAAACAAAAUACCCUUACUUUUGAAGGGUUUUUGAAGGCUAUUAAUUUAAUCAAGGCAAAAAGAAAUGACAAUAAAAUUGAAUUGAUACUAAAAUUAAUAGAUGAAAACGAGAAUGGAUCUUUAUCUUAUGAUGAAAUUAAGAAAAGAUGUAUAUUUAUGAUGGAAGAGAUGCUGAAAGAUUCUAAGGGGGAGUUAAGUGUGCCAAAUAUGGUUGAAUAUGUUACAAGAUCAAUAUUUGAUGCAGUAAAGAUGAAUUAUGAUCAAGAAAUUCCGAUUGAGAUGAUACGAAAACUGAUAGAAAGUAAAACUCAUGAAGCUUAGGUGUUAAUUAUGAUGUGUUGCGGAGAUGUCGAUUAUUUGAAAUGAUCCCCCCCAUAUUUAUUAAGAUAUUGCAUUUUGACUCCUAAAA